AUGGAUUCCGGCUUGCAAAUCUUCAAACACAUCGACUGCCCUGCGGGCGCCAAAUGCACUUCAGUUAGGUGUCUGUUCCGUCAUGCUGGCGAAGCGAUUGUGGGCGUCGAGACAAAUGUCAAUGGUGUCUCAAAGGGUGACGGUUCCAAUGAUGGUGCUUCAGAUGUGGUGGCCCCAGCUGCACCGUCACCCGAGGGCCCUUCAUCUAAGCGUUUAAAGACGGGCGAGAAAGAAUAUGAUCCCACUGCACCUGUUGUGCCUUUUCUAGACGAGGAUACGCUCCCAGAUGACGGAGAUGUAUUCCCAGGCAGCAUCGAAUCUUUGUCAAAACCUGCUGCUCCCGCCUCGAGUGUCUCCAGCGACCCCGUUCCAUCUCUGAAAAGGAAGCACUCGGAUGCCUCGCCAGGAGAAGAUAACACGCAGCCCAUUACUCCAGCGACCCAAAGGCAUUCCCACACCAACCCUUUCACCUCAUCAUAUACGACGCCCAAAUCAGACCAGCAAUUCAACAACAACCCUUUCAGCACACGGAAGCACUCGCCAGUAAACACAACGCCGGCUCCUGAGCCCGCGGUUGCCCCUGUGCCAAAGCCUGAACCCACACCGGCACCAGCCAGGAAAGCAGAGGGCCUGAACCCAAGGCAUCUUAGGAAUCAGCCAGCAACAUUUCAGGUCCGGUGGAAGUUGGUCAAGAUGCUUUAUGACCAGUAUACCCGCCUGAACCAAGGCUUGGAGAAAAUCGCCAAGGACGAUGCCACAAAACGGCUUUUGCUGACCGAUCAGGAAAUCAUUUGGAUGGCUUUGGAUGAAGAGGAGAAUGCUGCCAAAACUAAUGGUUACUCAAACCAGCUCAAGAGCAGGAUCACCUCCUGCAAAAAGUUCACCGUGCAAAAAUGGAGGGAAGAACGCAUUGAAGUAUUGAGAAAGCAAGAAGCUGCUCUUUCCAAGGACGAGAGUACCGCAGCCGCAAAAUCAAGCGAACCAGUUGUCAUCGAGACCGGCUUGACGGGGACUCAGGAGGUCCAGCUCGUCAAGGCCAGACUCCUGACCCCUAUUGACGACCUGGCCAAGUAUGGCUAUGUUCCCACCGUUCCUGCCGAGGAAGAAAUUGCCAAGGCCAAGCAAGCUCAAACCGUCUCACAAGGCUGGGAGGUUUGCGACCGGUGCACCAAGCGCUUCCAAGUAUUUCCCGGCCGACGAGAGGAAGACGGAGCUCUUGCAUCGGGCGGAAAAUGUACCCACCAUCCCGGAAAGCUGUACAUGCCUAACCGGCAGUCCGCCGAUCGGUCCAUACCCGAAAGGCAGUACAGGUGCUGCGGCGAGACGGUCGGCCAGUCCGCGGGCUGCACCGUCAAGGACACGCACGUGUUCAGGCACUCCAACCCCAAACAGCUCGCCACGCUCUGGAACUUUGUCGAGACGCCGGAGAAUCCCAACGCCCCCAAAGACAGGGGUGUCUGCUUCGACUGCGAGAUGGGCUACACCGUCAAGGGCUUCGAGAUGAUACGCUUCACGGCGACGUCGUGGCCCGGCGGCGAGGAACUGAUCGACGUGCUCGUCCGACCAUUUGGGGAGGUCCUGGACCUGAACUCGCAGUACUCGGGCGUCUGGCCCGAAGACAUAGCCAACGCAAGCCCGUUCACCCUCACGUCGGACAAGCCGCCACCGCCGCAGAAAGCGGGCGAGCGCAAGCGGCUGCAGAUGGUGUCGUCGCCCGAGGUCGCGCGAGAUCUGCUCUUCUCUCUCAUUUCGCGUGACACGCCGCUGAUAGGACACGGACUCGAGAACGAUCUCAAUUGCAUGCGUGUCGUCCACCCGGUCAUCGUGGACACUGUCUUGCUCUACCCACACAACAGGGGUCUGCCUAUUCGCAAUGGCCUCCGGAUGCUGAUGCAGACCAUACUCAAUACAAGAAUUCAGGUGGAACCGGCCGAGGGGCAGCUGGCAGGCCAUGACAGCGCUGAGGACGCCAGGGCUGCCGGUGAUCUCGUGCGGUGGAAGACGAGGAAGGAAUGGUUCAAGAUGAAGCGUGAGGGUUGGACUUUAGUAGAUGGGCAGUUUGUGGCACCCACCAAGACCACGGUAGUCUCGACUCUGGAAGCCUAG